AUGGUGAUUAAUAGGUUGACUGACAAAAAACAGUAUUUAGUUGAUUUUUCGUUUGAAUAUUCUGUUGAUGAUGACAAACGGUUAACUGGUUUGUUCUGGGCCGAUGGGUUAUGCAAGCGUAACUUUAUGGAGUUCGGGGAUGUGAUAUCGUUCGAUGCAACUUUCAAGACAAACAGGAGGAUGCGCGAUAUUGUAUGGACUGAUUCCAUUGAUCCUGAAGAAUUUGAGAGACAGUGGAAGUUGGUAAUGAUUGAAUACGGUCUUACACAAACUAAAUGGAUUGAUGAUAUGUUUGCAAUGAGAUCCAUGUGGAUUCCGGCUUUUUACCGGCACGAGCCAAUGUCUGGACUUAUGAGAACAACAUCAAGAUCAGAGAAGUUUAUGAAUCAUUUUGACGGUGCAAUGGAUGUCCAAAGGUUCAAUCAUAGAAAGAAUGAUCACAUUUCAAGAUAUACUGAGCCUAAUGAUUGGAGCCAAACUACUUUGGAAAAAGAUGCUGCUAAGAUAUACACCAGGUCUAUAUUCUUUGAUCAGCAAAUAGAGAUAUAUGAAACUAUUACCGAAUGUCUGCUGAUGGACACCAAAAUCGAGGGUCCACAGAUAAGGAUAUCAUUGAAAGACUUUAAAGCUCAUAGAGAUGGGUUAUUAGAGGUGUGUUUCAAGAAUCUUGAAAAUGAUGUAACUGCACAGUGUAGCUGUUUGCGUUUUGAACAAUAUGGUCUGCUAUGUAAAAAUAUCUAUUUUCCUUUCAAGAUGUUUGGUGUUAAAGAAAUACCAAACAAAUACGUUAUGAAGAGAUGGACAAAGGAUGUGGUUUCGAAUGAAUUAAACGCCACGUUCGAUGUAAAGGUGAAUGAUAAGGAUGAGCAACAGAAGGCUAAACAGAUUGCUCGUGAAAUCAUCUACACAGGGGAGUAUUUGGUUAGCAAUUUGAUUUCCGACCUUGAUCAACUGGUUUUAGUCAGGGAUCAAAUGAAGCAGAUUAAAGAGAAAGUUGAUCAGAGUCGUAUAACCAACCAGCUUGAUCCAAAGUUUGACCGGUUUUCAAAGUUGAUUGGUUACCAACAACCAGUAACUAAUGCACGUCCUACUGUCCCUGUGCCGGCUGGUCAUGAUAUUCGGACUUGCGAGAUACUGAAAGGCAAACAACAAAAUAAGAUGAAGGGAGUCAAGAUUGAAAAAGAUCCCAGGCACAAUGCCAACGAGGUCGAAGACGAUGAAGAGGAAGAUGAAUUUGAAGAUUACAGUGGAAGUAGUGAUGAUGGAACUUAA